AUGGGUGAGACUGUGACAGGCGGAGAUGCCGGUUCAAAAGGCACAGCGGUGGCACGACCGACAGUUAUUGUGCCGCCUCGGGGCUUCAUGGAUACAAUUGGAUCGUUGCCCGGAUUCAGUCCGGGUCCGUUGACCCUGGUUUCCGGCUUCUUUUCCGAGCAAAGUCCGUUUUCUUUCUCUCAACUUUUGGCCGGAGCUAUGGCUUCGCCAAUUGCCAAGCCCGGGCUUUUUUCAAUGGACAAUAAUUUCGGGGAAGAGAAAGAAGGGAAUUCUGGUGAUGGCAGUGGAAAAAAUAAUGAUAGUAUUACUGGUUAUAAGCGGAACAGGCCGAUGAAUUUGGCGUUGUCUCCGCAGCAGAUGCAACUGGAUCCUCAGAGUUUGAGUCCCUUGUUUAUGGUUCCACCUGGGCUGAGUCCUUCUGGAUUGCUUAAUUCACCUGGGUUUUUGUCCCCACUUCAGAGUCCAUUUGGAAUGUCCCACCAGCAAGCUCUUGCACAUGUUACGGCUCAGGCGGCAUUAUCCCAAUCUUAUAUGCAGAUGCACGUAGAAUUUCAAACAUCUUCUAAUGCAACUUCUGCUGAAACAACUGCACAUCAUAUGUCCUCUGCACCCAAUGAAUCUUCUCAAAACCAGAUAAUAUCUUUGCCACCAGAACAAACAAGUUCAAAGAUAGAGCAGUCUGAGGUUUCUCUGUCUGAACGGAAACCUGCUUCUGUUGCUGUUAACAAACCAACUAAUGACGGCUACAAUUGGAGGAAAUACGGGCAGAAGCAGGUAAAGGCGAGUGAAUGUCCAAGAAGCUACUACAAAUGUACGCAUUUUAAUUGUCCUGUCAAGAAGAAGGUCGAACGUUCUGUUGAUGGUCAUAUAACUGAGAUUACAUACAAAGGGCAGCACAAUCAUGAUAUGCCUCAACCCUCUAAACGUGGAAGAGAUAGUUGUGCUUUGGAUGGAACUUCGAACUCCCAGGUGAAGCCGGUAAUUAGUUCACAAAGUCAGUGUGAAAUGAGCCAUCAACCUGGACCUUCAAAAGUUCAUGCAUCUACACAAUCAGUAUCUGAUCAUCAUCCUGGCUCGAUUAAUCUUGAUGAAGUGGAAGAUUCCACAGUUGUAAACAAUGAUGGGGAUGAUGGUGAACCAAAUACAAAAAGAAGGAGCAUUGAGAUUGGGUCAUCCAUGCAAGCACCAUCACAUAAAACAAUUACAGAAUCUAGAAUUGUUCUGCAGACAAGAAGUGAAGUUGAUCUGUUGGAUGACGGAUAUAAAUGGCGAAAAUACGGCCAGAAGGUGGUCAAGGGAAAUCCUCAUCCAAGGAGUUACUACAAAUGUACACAUGCUGGAUGCAAUGUCCGUAAACACGUUGAGAGGUCUUCGACCGACUUCAAAUCUGUUAUAACGACAUAUGAAGGCAAACAUAAUCAUGAAAUCCCAACAGGCAGAUACAGCAGACCACAGAAGUCGGUUGCCAACAAUCCUUCCUUACAUAAAGAAAUGGAUUAUGAGAACAAAGAUCAGAUAGCAAUGACUUUGCAGCUUAAAGAAGAGCAAAUUGCUGCAUGA